GAAACAGAGUGGCAUUCAUUGAGGCGCCGGGCUGAUCCCGAGUGGUGCUCCAUCACUUUCCUCUCUGCCAGCCCCCUUGGAGCUUUCUCCUUGGGGCUGCCUCCUUUUCCCUUUUGCUGUGUCCUGAUGGUGCCUCCUCCAUCCCAGCUGAACUCUGCCUAGGCGAAGAGGGCAGCGGUGCCAACUCCAGCAGCUGUGCCAAGGCUGUGUGCCUUUUCUUCGGGUGGACUGAGGAAGACUCACCACUUUGGGGUCCAGAGAAGGGUGAAAAAUUGCAUGGAGGAUGGAAGCCCCCGACAGGAGCACCUGAUCCUUGUAAAAACUGGACAUCAGUCUCUUUAGAAAGAAGAACAACAACAAAUCCCCGGCUGGCUUUUUCUUAUUGUUCGUUUAUUUAUUUAUUUAUUAUUAAUUUUGAGCCACUCACCCCCUCUUCUUUGAGGAAGAGCCACCCUCCCUCGGACAAACCCAAGUCCUGCUCCGUUGGGAAAGAAGGGAAUCAUGAUCGAGUGAGUGGGGGAAACGUGCAGUGAACAGCAGCUAAUGUGCUGGAAGGAGACUCAAUGGAGCAGGACGUGGAGAGCCCUGUUACAAUUCAUCCACCAAAGUUGCCAAAACAAGCCAGAGAAGAUCUGCCAAAGCACUUAAGCAAAGAAUGUACCAAGCGAAGAAUCCAGAGAUACGUUAGGAAGGAUGGAAAGUGUAAUGUUCACCAUGGAAAUGUAAGAGAGACUUAUCGUUACCUGACUGAUAUCUUCACUACCUUGGUUGACCUCAAGUGGAGAUUCAACCUUUUGAUAUUUGUCAUGGUUUAUACUGUGACUUGGUUGUUCUUUGGAUUCAUCUGGUGGUUAAUUGCAUACAUCCGAGGAGAUAUGGAGCACAUAGGGGAUAAGAAAUGGACCCCUUGCGUCAGUAACCUCAAUGGGUUUGUCUCAGCCUUUUUAUUCUCCAUAGAGACAGAAACUACCAUUGGAUAUGGCUAUCGGGUCAUCACAGACAAAUGUCCUGAAGGGAUUAUCCUGCUUUUAGUUCAGUCUGUUUUAGGAUCUAUAGUUAAUGCCUUCAUGGUUGGCUGUAUGUUUGUAAAAAUCUCUCAGCCCAAGAAGAGAGCAGAAACCUUGGUGUUUUCUACUAAUGCUGUCAUUUCCAUGCGAGAUGGAAAGCUCUGUCUGAUGUUUCGUGUUGGGGAUCUUAGGAAUUCGCACAUUGUGGAAGCAUCAAUACGAGCCAAGUUGAUCAAGUCUAAACAGACAAAAGAGGGAGAAUUUAUACCACUCAAUCAGACAGAUAUCAAUGUGGGUUAUUAUACAGGGGACGAUCGCCUGUUUUUGGUUUCACCACUGAUCAUCAGCCAUGAAAUAAACCAACAGAGUCCUUUCUGGGAGAUUUCCAAAGCCCAAUUACCCAAAGAGGAAUUAGAAAUAGUUGUAAUCCUAGAAGGAAUGGUGGAAGCAACAGGAAUGACAUGCCAAGCCCGAAGUUCUUACGUUACCAGUGAGAUCCUGUGGGGUUAUCGGUUCACACCUGUCCUCACCCUAGAGGAUGGAUUUUAUGAAGUUGAUUACAACAAUUUUCAUGAAACAUAUGAGACCAACACACCACCUUGUAGUGCCAAAGAACUGGCAGAGAUGGCCAGUAAAGCAGAAUUGCCCCUUACGUGGUCUGUGUCCAGCCAAUUAGACCAGCAUGCCGAAAUGGAUCCUGAGGAGGAGGCCAAGAGCCAAGAAGAACAAACAGAAAGGAAUGGCGAUGUGGCCAAUUUAGAGAAUGAGUCCAAAGUUUAGAACUUACGAUGGUACAGAAAAUAACAUAUCUUCCUUUCAAUGGAGAAGGAAGAACAUACAUUUAAGGACUAAAAUGUCUGCCUGGCCAAAAGAUAAGCAAACAUUUUGACUAAAGCUGCAAUAUUCCUUAUUUUACCAUAUAUUCUCUUAUCAUUGUUCUCUUUUUCAACUGGGGAAAAAAAACAACCAAUGUCCUUGUAUGCAGGUAUAUGGUUUAGAAUUUGUUUUUAAGAUUAAGGGCAGAAGUUUAUUACCCUGGGCCAAAAACAAAUGGAGUGACUGUAAGUAAUGUUCAUGUCCCAAGCGUUAACUUCAGCUUUUUAAAUAUAUUCCUCCAAGACAGUUUUGAAUGAGAUGCCUGCAUUGCAGCUUUAAGACCCAAGAUGAAGAGAAACAUUUGCAGUUCAAUGAGAUACUGUACAUAUAUAUGCCUUAUGUAAUUUCUUUUUCUUUGAGUUUAGUAAUAAACCCAGCAUGUACAAAAGUACUGUAGUAAAGGACCUCUAAAUAAUGUAUAUAUGUGUUUAAUUAAUGUAAGUUUAGACAUAUAAUUAGAACAUAAUAGGAUGCAAAAAAGAAUGAAACCCACCAUGAAGAAAACAUUUCUAUUCUAAUACCCGUUAAUUCAAGUUUGUUUUGCAGCCUGAUAUAACUGCCCUGUUUAAUGCAUGUCAAUUUCCUCAUUGCACCAGACUGGCAGCUGUUUAGAGUACCUCACUGUUUUAUUAAGCGAUGAUUUACCUAACUCUAAAAAGCCAUAGGUCUGGGGGGUGAGGGCGAAGAAAUUAUAACACGAUUCCUGAUAUACUGUGAUACUGUUUACAAAAUGAUCCUGUUCUUUGUCAUGUUACAUGGCGAAACCAUUUAUGGUUACUUGGGCUGUGCAGCUAGAAUUUAACUGUGGAUGAUUCUUGUCAAAGGCAAGAAUUUCUUUGUGUGGCAUUUGUCUGUAAGAGAUGUGUGUGUGUUGAACUAUUACUCUUUAAGUGCAAUACCUUGGGAAACUCUUUGGUUUUCAAAACCAUGCAGUUUAAAAAAAAACCCUGUGUAGAUAGAUAACCUAUAUAAGCCAUGGAAACUUUUGAAUGUUAUACAUCAUUCAAGAGUGAACAUAUUCACCUGACAUUCUGUCUGAAAGAAAACAACUGAAUUUCAGCUGAAUUUCAUUAACAUAAUAGGUACUUCAUAUACAGUGCACCCGCGCCAUACGCGGCUUGAGCAUACGAGCUCAAGCCGCGCGGGGCGGAAGGGGCGGCGCAUCCCAUUCAUUUUAAUGGGCACGUGCGCCAGUUGUGCCCUGCGAGCUACCGCGCCACCGCGCCACCAUGCACGAGCCCCAUUGUUUCCAAUGGGGCUCAAGCAUAGGCAGAAUUUGCCUUACGCGGCGGGAUCCAGAACGGAUCCCCCGCGUAAGGCGAGGACCGACUGUAGCUUGAAUAUUCCCCCAAAGAGCUGCACCUUUGGGCAACCCUUAGAAAGAAAUCUCUCACGAGAUACCAGCAUGCCAGCCUCUCACACAUGUAGUUUCUGUCAGUGAGCACAAUUUGUAGGCCUCAUUCUGCCAUCUUUACUUAUGAGUAGUGCCUUAAGUGCUUUCCAGUAUUACAUUCUCUCAAUGGUUGACAACUGCCAAUGAGUAGACACUAUGUCUAGACUCGGUACAGCAUCUGUAUCCUUAUUGGCACCAUGUAUAUGUUCAAUUUGAACCUUCCAUUGGAACAAACUGGCUAAUUUGUCCCAGCCACUGAACCUAUAAGAUAGGGAGGGAGAACAGGUAACUGUCAAAAUAUUGUUGGCUUGUGAUUUCAGUCAUCAUUGGCUAUGCCAACAAAGGCUAAUGGCAUCUGCACUCCAACAAUACCUGAAAAGCCACACUUUUCUAGCUCCUGCUACAAAGAUAAUGAGCAGUGUUAAAUACUUAGUUCAUCUUCAUGACUGGAUCAUGUUCUAAUCACCAGAGAACAAAAUACAGUUGACCCUCCAUUUUCUUGGGGGAUCCAUUCCAGAUCCCUCCCCCCAAGAAAACAGAGGCUCAUGCUUAUUCAAGCCACAUAGGCUUGAAUGGAGCAUGCCCAGCAAGGGUGCAUGUGCUGGGUGCACGUGCCACUGCAAACAGCAGAGGUCACCCCUCCACACACACAUGUAUAUUCAACUGCGCAGAUCCCAGACCCGUGCAUUAGGAAGGAGAACUAUAUCCAAAGCUCUUAAACUUGCUCCCUUCAGUCCCAUGGUCUUCUUCUAGGAUAAUGUAUGUUUAAGUCAUUGUGGCAUGUGGUUUGGAUGCUGGACUAGGACUGUGGAACAGGGUUCAAAUGCCUGCUCAGCCAUGGAAACCCACUUGACCUU